AUGUACUGGUUUGCUGUACAGUUAAUUCAUAUACAUGUACUGGUUUGCUGUACAAUUAAUUCAUAUACAUGUACUGGUUUGCUGUACAAUGAAUUCAUAUACAUGUACUGGUUUGCUGUACAAUUAAUUCAUAUACAUGUACUGGUUUGCUGUACAGUUAAUUCAUAUACAUGUACUGGUUUGCUGUACAAUUAA